UUCUGGCAGCACUGGGCUCAGAGCCUCAAGGCUCGGGCUCAAACGAACACUAAACACAGUCAGAGUUCAGAUAUUAUAGGAGACGGUAGGUGAGUGAGACAGAGCCGUGCAAUACAUCGCGUUACAACAUGGCGCUGCUGUUGUUCGGAGUGGCUUUAUUAAUAGCCGGCGUGAGGAGUGACAACUUCACGGAGUUAGAGUUAUGUACGGUGGAGGGUGACGGCCCCUGGAGCCGAGCUCUGGAAGACUGGAGCAUCUCGGCCGGCUCCGGCAGACACGGUAAGAACUUCAACACAGGUCGAAUCAUGGCGCUGCCGCAGAGUAAGGGCUACUACGUGUCGGAUCGUGUCGAGACGCCCUUCCUGUCCCCCCCGCCGCCUCUGUACAACCCUCAGGGGUACGCGCCCCCGGCGCAGGCCAUGCAGGUGCCGCACGGGUACAAGGAGUGGGAAGGGAAACCUUCACAUCCCGGAAAUGGCAAGAUAGUCAACCGGCCGCCCAAUAAAGAUAAAUUUGCUCCGAGUUACCCCCCUCAGGGUCACCGGCCCUCCAUCGACCGCGUGGACGACCCCCCGCGGCGUCAGGUCACCGAGACAGACCUGUACCUCCUGAGCGCGGUCGAGAAACUCGCGCACCGAGCGGACUUCAUGGAGAAGAGACUCCGGCGACUCGAGGAGAGCCUGUACCACGCGCUGCAGAACAAGGAACCCGCCCCCGCGCCGUGUCCCGGGAACUUCACCCGCGUGGGCUCGUCCUGUUACUCCGUGUCGUCCAGCCAGCGGGACUGGAAGGACGCGUCCCUGGCGUGUCGGGCGAUACACGCUGCCCUGCUCGAGCUGGCCGACGAGAAACAGAAGAAGAUCGUGCUGGCCUGGAUGCUGGCCGACACGGACCGCAGAGGCGUGGACUACUGGACGGGCGGCCUCAACCCCGGCCUGCUGUGGAUCUGGUCGCACUCCGCCCGCCCUGUCAACGGCAGCGUGGCGGGCGACGGGCGGUGCCUGGCCGCCGUCCACGACCCCGCCCUCAACACGCACGUCUACAGGGGGAGGGACUGCGCCGCCAGGCUGCACUACAUCUGUGUCAAGGAGGACGACGGACAUCUCAGUAACGAGGUGCAGAGAGCGGCCAGGGAACUCACGAGGAGGAGGGAGGGAACCGGGGGAGAGACGGCGGGAGCGGGGGCGCGCACAUUAUAAUACAUGUAAACCGAAAGGUCACUUAAUAUUAUAUGCAUUAAGCCAGGAGGAGACUGUAGCAUGUUGGUUGGGGUUGGAUGAGAGUUAGGUGUGAUAAUAAAACACGGCGUCUGGUAAAUUCUUAUUUUUCUAAAUAUUUACAAAGUUGUGUGGAAACAAAACAAACCUAAGUUAAUUAAGCGAGCGUCCAACGCCCGCCCGGCCGCCCGACCGGCCGCCGGACGGCGUCUCCUACAAUUUUUCACUUUAACCUUUUGAUGAAGUGACCUUCAGAGUUUUAUCAAAAUAAAUUAAUAUUUACAGAGACGUUAAAGUAAAAAAUUGUUUACAUUUACAAAAAAAAAAGGAACUGAAAGAUACUUUCACAGAUAAAUAAUAUUAGGGAAGAGAUACAACAGAUUAUAUGAGAAUAUACAACAGAGACAGAGCAGAGAGAAGACAAGAAACAUUCCUCUGGUGGACGUUAGCAUGUAACGAUAAUAUAUUCGGUAGGGACUAGUCGCAGACGUAUUUAUUAAUAAAUUAUACGAAUUACAUUUAUA